AUUAACAUUAGUUGCAUCCCGGAGCACAGACACUUUUGUCUUCAUCUCCCCUGCAUGGCUCCAUUCUGGCUGCAGCAAUUUUGGUCUGUGUACAAAAACAAAGUGUGUUCGUAAUUCGUCGAUCGCAUUUUAGUCUUUUCAUGAAUUUGUUAAAACAUCCAAUUGUGUUAAAUUUUAUUAUUAUUAAGAAACAUAACAAUGGGACUUUUAAUAAGCGUCGCCUCUAUGGAAAAAGAAGCAAAUCCUGAAACGUUACGUCAAGAUGUACUAAAUGAAGACCAGCCAAUGGUAGACUGUGAUGAGUGCAGAGAAAAACGGAAGUUACAGGCUCAACAACAAGUAAUUAAUCAACAACCUACUAAAUCGCAAGACGAGUGUUAUGAUUGUGUCGACUCUCUUUGCUGGGCAGCAUGGAUGUCUUCCAACACUGAUCCCCAGCCCCAUAAUAGUUCAUGUCUGUGUGGAAACUGUGGAGACUGUUCUUGUUGUGACUGUGGUGAUUGUUGUGAUUGCGAUUGUAACUGUGCAGACGAUUGCUGUGACUGUUGUGAUUGUGAUUGUGGUGACUGUGGUGAUUGUGCUUGUAGUGACUGUGGCGACUGCGAUAGUUGUGACUGUUUUUAAAAUGUUAACUAGGAGAAAAUAAAAUAAACUGAAUCAUUGAUCAAAUUGUAUGCAAUGUUUGCGUCCCGGUAUACUCAAAUUGUUCUAGUUAGCUUGUAAUUAAAGUAACAGAGUCUGUAUACAAAGAAAUGAGUGUCUUCGAAGGUGUCGAGUGUGUUAAUGACGUAACUGAUCUUGAUAUUGAUCAAUAAGACAAUAAAAAAUAUAGUUGAACGUAUAUAUUUAGAUAUAAAAUAUAUAGUUAUCUAUUUACUCUUUCCGUUUGUAUACCCCAAUUUGUUAUAAUAAAUUGUUGUAAUAGUUA